AUGUAUAUUGUUGAAUGGGCUACAUUGCAUAAAAAACAGUCAUUCAUCAUGGAACACUCAAAUCCCGAACAUUUAUUUGUCGGCUGCCUUAAUUUUGGAACAGUAACCGAUCAACCAUACAAUGACAAAGGGUAUGAAUCUCAACUUGGAGAGCCUUUACCAGGACUGUGUGUGCUUCAGAACGGAAUUCCUGGCCACACAGUCCAACCUUCUAUAUUUGAUGUAUCAUAUCAUCUUAUUUCUGUUGUUUCCUGUGCAAGCAUUGAGGUUCAGAUGUUUGCUGGCCAAAGAUUGGAUGUCUCGACUAUCCCUGACGAAUCUGAGCAAUUAAAACAGUUCCUUUGCCAGGUCUUUGCCAAAAAAGUGGGUUUGGUUAAAUACGGCGUAUAUAUUAACAGUACCUUAAUAAUAUGCUGUACCACAGAUGAAGGCUACCCAUUCGCCAGAAAAACUUAUAUUGCAAUCUUUGGCGAAGCAUCCGAACCGAAAGGCGACCCAAAGAUAUACGCACAUGAACUCUAUUCAAUUGACGAACUCUCGAGCACGAUUGAUUUGACGUACGAGAUAUUUUCCAGGCAAUCUGAAACAGAUCUCAAAGAUGCCGUUACAUAUUCUACAAAAAGGUUGGAGAUCAUUGCAAAACUAACCGAAAAUGAACGAGCUGAACGAGCAAAAGAAGCACUUGUUGCCGAAAAACAAAAGGUGCCUUCACAAGUAUCUUCCCAAGUAUCUUCACAAGUGUCAUCGCUAGUAUCUUCACCUGUGGAAGCAGAACAGGAUAUAUUCAAGUUUAUAGAAGAAAAAGAGGAUGAUCGAAAACGGCCUACGUUGCCUAAAAUUGCUCCUGAGAGAAAGGCUCUGGAGAAAACUAUAGCUACAAAGAAGAGUGUCUAUGAAACCGGAAACAAACAUUUUUUAAAGACUAUAAUUUGGGAAAAGGUUUCAAAGCAAAACAAUGGCAACAAGAAAUCCGAAGAAUUGAAAGAAUUGUAUCAACAGGUUUAUACAAGUGUUCAAUAUGUUUUUUAUAAGUUUAUGGGCGUGCUUGAGAGACUAACCGAAAAAUUGACAGAGAAACCAAAUUACAAUGUGUGA